AUGGGCCGAUAUCCGCUGAAAUCCUACUUUGCUCCCUCAAAGCUAUUCUUCUAUACUUGGUUCUGGGGCGCGCAUAUUGCUAUUUUUGCAUACGGAUGGUAUCACCAAGCGAAGAGCGAGCCAUUGUCGCCACUCAAUGUCCUUUCGUACUCAGUCUGGAUCUCGCGAGGCGCUGGCCUGGUAUUGACAGUCGAUGGAACACUUAUCUUGUUGCCGAUGUGCAGGAAUCUCGUCAGGUUUCUACGGCCCAAGCUACGGUGGCUACCUCUUGAUGAGAAUAUAUGGUUUCAUCGCCAGGUGGCGUACGCGACUCUUGUGUUUACCAUUCUUCAUGUUGCAGCCCACUAUGUUAAUUUCUACAACAUUGAGAGAAAGCAGUUGCGUCCCGAGACAGCACUACAAAUACACUAUGCUCAGCCCGCGGGAGUGACCGGUCAUGUAAUGCUGUUCUGCAUGAUGCUCAUGUACACCACGGCACAUCACCGGAUUCGUCAACAGUCGUUUGAGACCUUUUGGUACACUCAUCAUCUCUUCAUCCCGUUCCUACUUGGGCUCUACACUCAUGCGACGGGCUGUUUUGUUCGGGAUAGCGCAGAGCCAUACUCGCCGUUCGCGGGCGAGCGGUUCUGGAAACAUUGCAUUGGGUAUCAGGGCUGGCGAUGGGAGCUCGUAGCAGGGUUCUUCUACCUCUGCGAGCGACUAUGGCGCGAGAUCCGGGCGCUACGCGAAACGGAGAUUGUGAAGGUGGUCCGUCAUCCAUACGACGCAAUGGAAAUCCAAUUCCGCAAGCCCGGCUUCAAAUACAAACCCGGACAAUGGCUUUUCAUUCAAGUCCCCGAAGUCUCCAACACUCAAUGGCACCCCUUCACCAUCACUUCCUGCCCCUUUGACGACUACGUUAGCAUCCACGUUCGCCAAGUUGGCGAUUUCACCCGUGCCCUAGGUGACGCCCUCGGAUGCGGCCCGGCACAAGCCCGCGACCUAGAAGGUCUCGACCCCAUGGGCAUGUACGAAGUCGCACUGCAGAACGGCCAGCAAAUGCCCAAGCUUCGCGUUGACGGACCCUACGGUGCUCCUGCCGAGGACGUCUUCGAGAACGAAAUCGCUGUGCUCAUCGGUACCGGUAUCGGCGUGACGCCAUGGGCCUCCAUCCUCAAAAAUAUCUGGCACCUACGUGCCUCCCCAGACCCGCCCCGCCGUCUCCGCCGAGUCGAAUUCAUCUGGGUCUGCAAGGAUACCACCUCAUUCGAGUGGUUCCAAGCCCUCCUUUCUUCAUUGGAAGCCCAGUCCGCGUCCGACGCCGCCUAUCAGGGGGUUUCGGAGUUCUUGCGAAUCCACAUCUACCUCACGCAGCGCCUCGAUCAGGAUACAACGACUAAUAUCUACCUCAACUCUGUUGGCCAAGAACUCGACCCCCUCACCGAACUGAAGAGCAGGACCAAUUUCGGUCGUCCAGACUUCAAGCGGCUAUUCACGGCUAUGCGGAACGGGCUGCAAGAUCAGUCAUAUAUGCGCGGAUUGCACACGCAUUCCAGGACAGAGAUUGGUGUCUACUUCUGUGGUCCGAAUGUUGCCGCAAGGCAGAUUAAAGCGGCGGCUUCCUCUGCGUCCACGAACGAGGUUAAAUUUAAAUUCUGGAAGGAACACUUCUAA